UCCGUGUCGAGGACAACAACUCUCUACCUCUGUCUCUAUCUGCCCUUGCUUCUGAAUCACUGAACUACAAAGAAUCAUUUCAGCACCAUGACCAGAGAUCAUUUGAUUCUGUGUGUGUUCAAAUGAGAUGAACUUUUCUCUGCUAUACUUAUAAAUGAGGCGAAACUGUAGACGGCUACAGCGGUUUAAUUAUUAUAUAAUAUGUUAAAUGUGUAUGAUACGACCACUUAUUAUGAUGAGGAAUAAGAAAAGUAGCUGUUGGACAGCUAUACAGGGCGAUCAUGGUUGGAAAUCUAGUCCUCUUUAAUCAGUUUAUUAAUCUGUAGAAUGAAACUUUAAUUUAUAAUUUAAGUAUAGUCUGCUUGCAUUGACUCCACAAAGACAAAAUGACUUCCUCAUGUAACGAUGAGACUAGGAGUGAUAUAUCAGAAUCUCUGGAAGUGUGUGAUUUCCAGGGACAAUAUGGGGAUCCAGGUGGUUACUUCAAAUCCAAAAGCUUGCCCGUUCUUAACGGAGAGUGUCCUACCAUUAAUGAGUCUCUGGAACCGAGGCUGGUCAGUACGACGCAGACUUUAGUAAAUACCGACCAGCACUUGCCGCUCAAUGAGCUGCAACAGAAAGGAGACUCGAGUGAACUGGAUUCACCCACCAGGACAGAUUUCUCCCCUUCCAUGUCCAGUAUGGUGGGUCUUAGCAGCUCCAUGAGAACUGAGUCCAACCGAGCAGGUGGCAAAAAAAUGGGCUUUUCAUUGGCAAGAUUCAUCCACUUUCCUGUGAGGAAGUACAUGAGGGUGAUUCUGUCAGACUCUAGGUGUUUUCUGUUCUGUAUGUGUUACCUGACGUUCAUCCAGUCGUUGAUGGUCUCGGGUUACCUUAGUAGUGUCAUCACCACUAUAGAGAAGAGAUACAGCCUUAGAAGUUCAGAAUCAGGACUGCUGGUUAGCUGCUUUGACAUUGGAAGUCUUCUGGUGGUGGUCUUCAUCAGUUAUUUCGGGGGUCGAGGCCAGAGGCCACGCUGGUUGGCGGUAGGAGGGGUGUUCAUUGCCGUGGGAGCAGCUCUGUUCUCUCUUCCACAUUUCAUCUCUCCACCCUAUCAAAUCCAAGAGGUCAAUUCGUCCACGGGGAACGAGGGCCUGUGCUCGACUGGGAAUGGGAGCAGAAGGGACGCUCUGGAUGUGUCGUCCUGCCCAAGGGACCAAGAGGGCAACGAUCACUCCAUAUAUGUUGCCCUCUUCGUCUGCGCCCAGGUCCUGGUGGGCAUGGGAUCCACUCCUAUCUACACGCUGGGACCAACGUACCUGGAUGAUAACGUGAAGAAGGAGAACGCUUCCCUCUACCUUGCUAUUAUGUAUGUGAUGGGGGCUCUGGGGCCAGCUGCGGGGUACCUGCUUGGAGGCGUUCUGAUCGGCUUUUACGUUGAUCCCAAAACCAUCAUAAACAUUGAGCAAAGUGACCCACGCUUUGUUGGCAACUGGUGGAGUGGUUUCCUGCUCUGUGCUUUCGCCAUGCUGCUAGUCAUUUUCCCCAUGUUCACUUUCCCCAAAAAACUGCCCCCUCGUCACAGAAAAAAGAAGAAAAAGCACGGGGCAGACAGCACCUCUAAUGACGACGACGUCCUGAAAGAGAAAUCCAACAGCAAAGGCCAGACCGUGGCUUCCUCCAUGGGCUUUGGGAAGGACAUCAAAGACCUUCCCAAAGCUGCCAUAAGGAUCCUCAGCAACAUGACGUUCCUGUUCGUGAGUCUGUCCUACACAGCCGAGAGCGCCAUUGUCACUGCCUUCAUCACCUUCAUCCCCAAAUUCAUAGAGUCUCAGUUUGGAAUCCCUGCCUCCAACGCCAGCAUAUACACAGGUGUCAUUAUUGUGCCCAGUGCAGGGGUGGGCAUUGUACUGGGUGGCUACAUCAUUAAGAAACUCAAGCUCGGAGCUCGUGAGUCCGCCAAGCUGGCCAUGAUCUGCAGCGGGGUGUCUCUUCUGUGCUUCUCCACGCUCUUCAUCGUGGGCUGUGAAAGCAUAAACCUGGGCGGGAUCAAUAUCCCUUAUACCACAGGGCCGACCCUCACUCUGACCCACAGAAACCUGACGGGAGGCUGUAAUGUGAAUUGUGGCUGUCGCAUCAACGAGUACGCUCCUGUUUGUGGCUCAGAUGGCAUCACGUAUUUCAACCCCUGCCUGGCGGGAUGCAGCACUGUCGGCAAUGACAGCACCGGGAUCAGAAACUACACCGACUGUGCGUGUGUUCAGAGCAGGCAGGUCAUCACUCCACCCACCAGCGGUCAAGGCAACCAGCUGCAGCUGGUCAUAGUGAAGACCUACCUGAACGAGAACGGAUUCGCCGUGUCAGGGAAGUGUGAUCGCACCUGCAACACGCUCAUCCCCUUCCUCAUCUUCCUCUUCAUCGUUACGCUCAUCACAGCUUGCGCACAGCCCUCGGCCAUUAUCGUCACUCUCAGGUCAGUAGAAGAGCAAGAACGACCAUUCGCUUUAGGAAUGCAGUUUGUGCUACUAAGAACUCUGGCCUACAUUCCCACGCCGAUCUACUUUGGUGCGGUGAUUGACACCACCUGCAUGCUCUGGCAGCAGGACUGCGGCGUUCACGGCUCGUGCUGGGAGUACGAUGUCACUUCCUUCCGCUUCGUGUACUUCGGCCUGGCCGCCAGCCUGAAGUUCGUAGGCUUUGUGUUCAUUUUCCUCACCUGGUAUUCGAUUAAAUACAAAGAGGAUCGUCUAGAGCGCUGGCAGAGGCAUCUGCCUCCUCUGGGCACCGUCAGCGAGCUCAUCUGUCACGCGGGAGGCCACAAGAGCCACGCUCGUACCCGCUCCUGCCCCAUCUUCACGCCCCGUCCCGAUCCCCCCGACCACCCCCCGGCGCUCAACCGCGGACACUGCAGCCAGAGCUGCCCCGGAAACACCCUCAAAGCAAUAACCCCGCCUGCCCGCUCGCUGCAGGAAAUGCACAUUUGAGGAACGUGCGCCCUGACAUCUGCCUCAACGUGCCUUCCUGUCAGGUGUCCUCCUCCGAGACGCCGCGCGACCUGCGCCUGUUUGGCUCCAGGGGGCUUUGCUUGCUGUCACCAGUAAAAAGCUCACAGCAGACACACGUCGCGUAGUAUUUGCUGUCGAAGCGUACGGAAGACAUCACACGGUGCUAAAUGAGGAACAGAGAGGACAUUUCUCUGUAGCCAGUCUUGGGAUUCCGAGAUCGUUAUAUCAAAGACGUAACACAAGCACAAACGGAUAUCAGUACUAUGCAAAGCUAUAUCGCAUUAAAGAAUCCAGGCAGUCGCUUUCUACUGUAUCAUCGUGUUUGAUCAUCUACUGUAGAACAUCUCAUUCUGAACAAAUCACUGGAGAAACUCGUUUCAGAAUGGCGUCAACAACUCUGUUCUGGUUAGUUUGGAGGCAUCGGUGUGAUUCAGAUGGACGAGAACAUUCAGCCUCCUCCGGACGGAUCACAUGGUCUUGUAUGUAAAUUCAGUGCCUCAGAUUGCCUCGUCGGCAGUGAGGUCUGCUGGCACUUAGCGCUGAGUGGACUGCUAAAACGCAUUUAGAGAAGAACUCUGAAGACCUGCCUUCUCGUUCUUCAUUUUCAUAAUCAUUCUGUGUGUCCAGUGAUUGACUGUCAAAUGGUAUGAUAUGUGUAUAUGUUUGUCCAGUAUCAGGUCUUGAAGAAGCCAGAUCAAAUUAGACAGAUUUAUUUUGGCAGAUCCGUAUUCAAAGUGUGAACAGUAGAAAACACAUGAAAUCUGAUGUUUACAAUGACGCUCUAAAUCAUAUCCAUAUCUGUUUUUUUUCAGUCUAAAUGGUAAAAUCAGACAAAUCAUACAUGUCAGUGUUUCUUUCUCUUAUAUACACACAAAAUAGUUUCUUGUUGGCAUUUGUGAUUCCUUGAAGAACCUUUAACAUCCAUGGAUGCUUUUCAUUGUUUCUUUAGCCCUUCAGAAGGUACUUUUGGGAACACGAAAUAGAUCUUCUAUACGUGGCAUCACUUCGAAACCCCCCAAAAAUGAGUGCUUUCAAAAUGGGUUCUUAAAUGCUUCAUGUGGUGUAAAGCUUAAAUUGCCCCUAUUAUGGGUUAUGAAUGGGUUCAUAGAGUUAAACACUAAUUUUCUUAUGAUAUGCAUUUAUUUGUAGCUUAUUUGCUCAGCGACAGGCGAUGUUUUCAUUCACUUAGAGCUGUGUUACACACUGCAUUUUCAAAAAGCCAUAAUAGGGACACUUUAAAAUAUGAACCAAGGCUAGUCCACAAAUGGACAAAAACAGAUGAAUGACAGUCAAUCAAAAGCAACCUCGCAUAACAAACAUUUGAAGCUGAUUCCAGCGAUGUUUCUUCCCUCUUUUUCGAAGAAUAAAAACAUUUAUUAACACUUUAUAGUUAGUCAGCCGCUGUAUGAGAAAGUCUCUGGGCAUCGUGUUGAUACACAUCAGAUUUCAUCACCGGUUUGAUCACAAAAAAAAUUCCUUAAAUACUGGUUAAAAACCAAUUCGGAUUUGUGUGUAGUGUGAACGCAGCGAUUCAAAUCCGGAUUGAAAUGAGGACGAUUCGGGAUUCAGUCGACCGCUAGUGUUCCUGCUGCGUCCAAAUACCCGAGCAUGCCUGAGCAGCUUCAGCGACAGCGUUGGUAAAGCCAUAGCAGAACGAGAAUGGAUUCUCCGCUUUGGUUUUGGGAGCUGUUGAUGUAUAUGAGCAUGUGCUUCGGCUACAGCCUGAUCCUCAAGCACUGGCUCGAUUCUUAUGCACCAACUAUGUAUAAAUAAACUUCUACCUAAUAAUAUGCAAACCUCAGACUUUCAGUACUCUGUCAUGGGUUUAUAAAGCCAGUUUGGCAGUUCGUUAGAUGUAGUCCAGUUACUUUCGAUCAUUACACAGUACGGAAAUCUCAAGUGAGAUUCACUAGGUAUAUUUGGUUCGGUUAUGAUUAAUGAGGGACUAACUUCGUAGUUAGCUACUUAGCAUGCGAACAACAAAACCCAGCUUAAUCAGUGAAAAAAUGGAGACCGUGCUGUGUUGCUUUCAAAACGAUUUUGGAAGCUGUACUGUAUUACGAUCACAAUUUUCGAACCACAAUACGAGUGCAUACUUUUUCCGGACCUCUUAUUGUCAGUGUUUUUCAUAAAAGAUGUUGAAGGGGUAUUUCAGAUGCUGACUUCAGUGUUAGAAUGACUUUUAAAUAUUAGGGUGUAAGUCAAGCCAAACCCUUCUUGAAAUGACUUUUUCCAUGUUUGUGAUCUAUAAGCUGUACCGUGGUGAAAGUCUGACCUUUUUACGAUGAUCAGGAGCUCCCCGUGAGUUUGACCUACAAUGUGAGCUGUUUAUAAUCAGUCUGACGUGAAGUGGGUGCAAGACAGCCUCAAACGGAUGGCUUUUCAAAAGGGUCUGGAAAUAGAGAAAAGAUACAAAAAUCAUUUUCAACACGUAGCGGUUACGGAGCGUAAAUAGUGAAGAACUAUAGAAGGCCUGAAGAGAAAUACCUUUUCUUUUUGUAAUUGUAUAUAUGGCCAAUUACAAAUUUUUACAUACUUGAGGUGCCUUGGCAGAGCAACACAACACAAUACAGUGCUAAAUUAGACCAUAUUGUUUUUGCUUUCUUUAUUGUGCUCAUAUUUGACUCGUUUGCACCCGAAACUCAUUUCUUAUCAGCUCACAUUUGAUGUCAAAUGAACGUGUCGGAGUUUACUUUUGCUAUCAGCAGGGCUGAUUUGAGAGCGGCGUGAAGGCCAGCUGUGUUCUAUCUUCAGUACUCAUGGACACGUGUGAACUAUUCAUUUACUUUUCUGUCUUGGUUCUUCAGUAUUUUAUUGACAUGUAUUUAUUGAAAUAAAAGAAUUUAGAAAGCCCUGGCUAUGAAGACAACGCAUUGUUGUGAAAUCGUUUUGUUCUCAUUAAAAAUGACAUGGUAUGUGUUUUUAAAGAUUAUGUUUAUGUUGUAUAUGGAUUUUUUUCCUCAGAAACUAGUCUUUUUCUUUUAGUGAAGAAGCAGCGCCACCUACAGUGAGAAAACGGCACAUUUUUAUGGUAAAAUAAGAAAGCAUAAUAGCAUAAGAAAGUUACAUUAUGUAUUUAGAUGGAGAAAUUCAAAUGGCGCCCUUUAAGGCAACUUCUAUAUUUGUGUGUGUGUGUGUGUGUGUGUGUGUGUGUGUGUGUGUGUGUGAUGAUAUUAGGGCUCAGCUUAUUUCUUUUUUUUCUUCUUAAUAAACAUCACUCACAUACACAAAAGAACAAGACAAACAACGGCGGGUAAGAAAAAGCUUGACUUUUAUUUUGAAGGGACAAACUACUGUCAAAUGACUCGAAUGAAAUGAACAGCUUUAAACUGUUAAGCGUGAAAAUAUAUAAUAUAAAAGAACUGCUUGGUUUUGUCUUUAGUUUCGUCGAAGCAAAAAAAAUAUAUACAACAAAAAAAGGCAGAAGUAAGAAACACUUUGAAAAGCAUCAGAGAUCAAAACAUACAUCAAUCAUGACUAAUAAAUACCAAUCAUUUCCAUUUCAUGGCGAUGAAGUGAUACAUCUUUACAAGGGAAUAAAAAGCUGGACUCGAAUGAAUGAAGCCGUCAGCUUCAAAAAACAGCACGUGAAGGCAAAAAUGAAGCAAAUACAUUUCUGAUUGUGCAGUUUUUUUGUUUUUGUUUUUUGCUCUAAACGCAUGUAGUACUGAGACAAAUGAACGAGUGUUGCAUGCAAAUGCUCCUAUCGAGUCAAAGAACUCCGACAGCUGAUGUCCGGAUGGUCAGAUAUGUACAUCGAUUCAUUUCCUCAAAGCUCAUUCAGAAACAUACAAACUUCACUGUGAAGUGGAAACCAUACGGGCAACACAAAUUUGCAUAUGAUACACGUUGCAUAAUAUAUGCAGGUUGUUGGGUUUUUUUUUUUUUUUAAUUU